UCGGUUAGACAUGGCUGCUACUCUUCCUGUCAGUUUUUUCUCAAGGUUUGUUCCCAGAAAAUACCUCCUUUUGUCAGGCCACGCACGACGGUGCAUCUCUGUGUCUUCAUCGCUGGCAGCUCGAACGCACGUCAGCUACGAGCUCAAGGACGAUGUUGCGGUUAUCAGACUCAACGAUCCAGCAUCCAAGGUGAACACACUGUCUCUGCAGAUGCAGUCUGAGCUGACAGAAGUGAUGAGUGAAAUCUGGUCGAAUGGAGCUGUGAAAAGUGCUGUCCUUAUCUCAAGCAAGCCUGGCUGCUUUAUCGCUGGGGCAGAUAUCAAUAUGAUCCAAGCCUGUAAGAGCAGUGAGGAGCUCACACGUCUCUCUCAGGAAGGUCAGAAGAUGUUCGAGAAGAUUGAGAAGUCUCCUAUCCCGAUUGUUGCUGCCAUCAACGGCUCAUGUUUGGGUGGAGGCCUUGAGUUCGCCAUAUCCUGCCAGUAUCGAAUCGCCACCAAAAGUCGUAAGACAAUACUGGGCACACCAGAGGUCAUGCUCGGUCUGCUGCCUGGAGCGGGUGGCACCCAGAGACUACCCCAAAUGGUGGGUCUGCCUGGAGCAUUUGACAUGAUGCUGACAGGCAGGAAUAUCCCUGCUGAUAAAGCUAAGAAGAUGGGCCUAGUGCACCAGCUUGUGGACCCUCUGGGUCCUGGUUUGAAGCCAGCAGAGGAGAGAACGAUUGACUACUUGGAGGAAGUGGCAGUAGGCGUGGCUAAGGGUAUCGCCAAUAAGACGGUUUCCACUUCAAAGGAGAAAAGUCUCAUGCAAAAGCUACAGGACACAGUGAUGGGUCUCGGUCCAGUGAAGAAGAAGAUCUACAAGACUGUCAGGGACAAGGUUCAGAAACAAACUAAAGGACUCUACCCCGCGCCAGUCAAAAUCAUUGAGUCCAUCAAGACUGGUGUGGAGCAAGGAGGAGAAGCAGGUUAUCUGGCUGAAGCUGAGAACUUUGGGAAACUGGCUGUGACAUCAGAGUGCAAAGCCUUGAUUGGGCUUUACCACGGCCAAGUGGCUUGUAAGAAGAACCGAUUUGGGACCCCAGAGAAAGAAGUCAAGACUCUUGCAAUCCUGGGUGCAGGGCUAAUGGGUGCAGGUAUUGCUCAGGUAUCCAUAGACAAAGGACUCAAAACCAUACUGAAGGACACCACGGUUGAGGGCAUCAGCAGAGGAGAAGAACAGGUCUACAAAGGUCUGAACAUGAAGGUGAAGAAGAGAGCACUGUCCUCAUUUGAGCGUGACACAACGCUGUCCAACCUCUCAGCCCAGCUCGACUUCACAGGCUUCUCGUCUGCCGACAUGGUGAUCGAAGCCGUGUUUGAGGAUAUCGACGUUAAACACAAAGUUCUCAAGGAGAUGGAAGCCGUGAUCCCUCCUCACUGCGUGUUUGCCUCCAACACUUCAGCACUCCCCAUUAAGGAUAUUGCAGCUGCAAGCAAACGGCCUGACAAAGUGAUUGGCAUGCACUACUUCUCUCCAGUGGACAAGAUGCAGCUGCUGGAGAUCAUCACCACUGAUGAAACAUCCAAGGACACGUUGGCCUCAGCUUUGAGCGUGGGCCUCAAACAGGGCAAGAUUGUCAUUGUCGUCGGGGAUGGUCCUGGUUUUUACACCACUCGCUGCUUGGCUCCCAUGCUGGCAGAAGCUGUCAGGGUGCUUCAGGAGGGUGUGGGUCCAAAGAAACUUGACAACUUGACAACCAGCUUUGGCUUUCCCGUCGGCGCGGCGACACUGGCUGAUGAAGUCGGUAUUGAUGUGGCAGCUCAUGUGGCCGAGGAUCUGGGAAAAGCUUUUGGUUCUCGCUUUGGAGGCGGAAAUGUGGAGUUUCUUAAAAGCAUGGUCGAGAAAGGCUUUAAAGGUCGUAAAUCGGGAAAAGGCUGUUUCAUCUACGGAAAAGGGAAAAAAGCCAAGACAGUGAAUUCCGAUGCUGAAGCAAUUCUCAAGAAAUACAAACUCUCUGCCCCUCCCACAGUUUCAUCGGACUCUGACAUCCAGUACCGGCUUGUGUCUCGCUUUGUCAACGAGGCCGUGUUGUGCCUCCAGGAGGGGAUCCUGACGAAUCCAGUAGAGGGAGACAUUGGGGCUGUGUUUGGACUUGGCUUUCCUCCCUGCCUUGGCGGUCCAUUCAGGUUUGUGGACUCAUUCAGCGCAGAGCGUCUUGUCAGCACCAUGAAGCGCUUUGAGGAAGUGUAUGGAAAUCAGUUCACACCGUGCCAGCUCUUACUGGACCACGCUAAAGACUCCAGCAAGAAGUUCCACAAUUGAUGCAAAUAACCAUCCAUCUCCAUAAAUGUGGGUCAGCUGGGUCAAUAAGUGUCUCUUGGACUGAAUCCACAUCUUUUAUAAGAUGGAAAUUAACCUUGAGAAGCAAGGGUUUUCUCAAAAUGUUACCCCAUCUUCUUAUUUAAUAACAUCACUUUUGUUGUGAAGUUCACAAUUCUUGAACGAUAUAUAUACAUUGUUGCUAGAUUGUAUUUUGUGCUUAACACAUUGAGUUAGCUUUUUCUCGCUUUUUGUGAGCAUUUUUAGUCAUUAACGUUUUGCCGAGUCAGACUGGGACAAUAAUGCUUCUGAAGGAGUUCUUCUAAGGUCAAAUGGAGCCUACAGUAAAUGUGACACUAGUGAGGUCAGCUUAUACCCUCAGUAGCCACAGCAUUUAGUGCAUUAGGUUUCUAAUGAAAAUCCAGUCAAGUGUAUGAGAAUAAUUUUAUUUUCAUUUUAAAAGUACUGUAUAUUUAUUCCUGUGGUUGUAGUUUUAUGGGAAUACAACUUCUUUCCAUCCUCCUGAGAACAAUUUGAUAUUUUGCCCAUUUUAUGUAGGUAAACAAAAUACUGCAAACACCUGGAUUGGAUUGCAUUAAACUAUGCAGGUGUACCUAAUUAAGUGUCCAAGUAAUGUAAACUAGUAGCUUCUGUGCACGUUAGUCAAUACAGUCAUUUAAAGCCUGGAACUUUUUUGUUUUUUCCAAGCUAUACAUUAAUAUGGCCAUGAUUAUUCUGAUACAGUUUAGUAACACAACCAGUCAACAUGAAACCGAAUGAGACUGUACUGAAGAGAACUUUGCUGUUUUUUUUCGUUUUUGUUCCGAUAGCUAACAUGAUAACGAGCCUUUGGAUAUCCAUGCAUCCGUUUUCUGUAGCGCAUGUCCUCAUCAGGUGGUAACUCCAACCCAUCCCAGCUGACUUUGGAUGAGAGGUAAUUCCAACGCACAUAUACCGGUAGACAAAAACACCUAUAGAAAAUUAAGGAACUGUGAAUUUUGACAAGUCAGCGUUGGCUCUGUGUAAAAAUAGAAAUAAUGGCCUGAUCAAAGAUAAAAGUUCAAAUAACUUUGAAUUAUGUAUGGGCAUAUUUGAGGCGGAGCUGCUUUGUACUUUACUAGAAAUGAUUGAAUUAUUCAUUUUGAAGUACAAUGCCCAAGUCGAAGAGCAUGAAAGCAUUUUUAAUUCAUGCUUUUAGAGUUCAUGAUAAUAUGUAAUAUGUCAUUGUUUAGAAGUUUGUUUACCUUUGACAUUGCAGUUAUGUUCAAGUAAACGUACCGUAUUAGAAGACUUGGGCACUUUUUAUUUUGCCUUGUACAUGUUUGUACACUCCUUCUAUUCCGAAUGAGACCGAAUUGUGACUUUAAUUAGCAAAAAGGGCAGAAAAUUUACUUGAAACUAACACAAAAUGUACAUACUUGGCCAA